AUGCGCUCGACUCUUGCGAUAGCUCUGACGCUGGUGGCCGCGGCGCUGGGGGAGGUGGUCGAAAUGUACGACUGCGAGAAUGUGUCGAGUGAUCAUUGUCAGGUCAACGAAGUCCGGAUUACGCCUUGCACUAAAGCCAAUGGCUGCCUGCUGAAGAGAGGGAAACAGUACGAGAUCUCCUUUGACUUUGUACCCAAUUUCUCGACCGCAAAACUGAGGACGGCAGUGUACAAGGCAGACGUGGUGGACGUGCCGUUCGUGGAGCUCUCUGACGCGAACGGCUGUGACUACACCACGUGCCCCACGGAGGCCGGGAAAUCACAACAGCUGAACUACGGCCUGAGACUGUCCAAGAAGUUGCCGAGGGGAACGUUCAUAAUUAAAUGGAAGUUGUGGAAUCAAGUGGAACCGGAUCAGCUUUGCUGCUUUAAGACUGCAAUCGAAAUUAGA